GUUGCUCAACAGUGGCCCCAGGUUCCCCAUCGAGGCCUAGCCAAUAUCAAUUGAGAGCGGGGUCACUCUGCUCACAGAAAUCAUUGAUCUCGGUUUAUUUACUGGUGGCCUCUCCUUCUCCUUUGACGUUUCUAUCGCAUACCUCCAUUCGUUGUCGAAGCUUCCGUAAAUUCGUUCUUCACGGAGCACUACGUUCAUUUUCUCGACGCCAUGGCAGGGAUGGCACUCAAGACGGGUGCCAUCGCACUGCUUCUAGUAGCGUUGGGCGAGCCGGCUGCUGCUCGCCCUCGUGACCAAUCGACUGUCGCGCCUUUUGACAGCGGAACUGAACCGGACACCUGCAUGCCAGCAUGUCCCUAUUCCCAAGACCAGUUUUUCAAAGUCGACAACAAAAUCUUCAGAAUUGAAUGCGACGUGACCCAUGCCGGCGAGGAUUACCUUAAGAGCUUUGGGGAGUCUUUAUCUGAAUGCAUUCAGAAAUGCGCAGAGACCGAAAACUGCAUCUGGGUCACUCAUUACGACAACAACUGUCAUCUCAGAACCAACAUCGGAGGGUCACUGGCCUCCUUACCCGGCGCUCAGAACGCUAUCUUGGGAGAGGAAUUACCACCACUAGCGGAUGCUACUCCCCUCCCAAGCUGCACGCCGAAGACUUCUUCGCGUGACGACCAUAGGCCGAAGAAGACGAAAAUGCGCUCGCGGCCCUGGAAGACAACCUCGACUCCAAGCUGCCCCAGCUCGACUCCUGAAUGCUCGACUCCCGAGUGCCCCAAGAGUACUCCGACUCCUUGCACUUCGAAGACUUCGAAGAUUCCCUGGUGGCCUAGACCAUCAAAGACUUCCAAGAAGCCGUCGAAGAAACCAUCGAGCACGCCUUGCUCGACAAGCGAGCAUCACCCACCGCCGCCUCCUACGACGUCUCCUUGUACCUCGAGCACGCAUAGGCCGCCGCCUCCCCCUCCUUCUUCGAGCAAGCAUCACCCCCCACCGCCUCCCUCGUCCACUCCUUGCACGUCAGAGAGCCACCGGCCACCACCACCACCACCACCACCACCACCUCCUCCUCCUCCUCCCCCGUCGUCGAGCAAACAUCGUCCUCCGCCCCCUCCUCCCCCUUCGUCGUCUCCUUGCACUUCGAGUAAACACAGGCCGCCGCCGCCGCCUCCCCCUCCCUCGUCGAGCAAGCAUCGUCCUCCGCCCCCUCCCCCUUCGUCGACGCCCUGUACUUCGAGCACUCAUAGGCCACCGCCUCCCCCUCCUCCACCUCCAUCUUCGAGCAAGCAUCGGCCGCCACCCCCGCCUCCCUCAUCGAGCAAACACCGCCCUCCUCCUCCUCCUUCGUCGAGCAAGCACCAUCCCCCUCCUCCCCCAUCUUCCACACCUUGCACGUCGAGCCACCAUAAGUCGGUUAAAGUUACGGUCACUCUAACCACAUGUGACUUCAAAACGGCUACUGUGACAAUACCGUACCCAACCAGUUCGUGUCAGAUUGUCUAUAACGGACCGCUCACUACUCCGGGCGCAACAAGCUCCAUACUCGGCAGCGCCGCUUUGGAAGAUCGGAGACGGCACAUCAUCAAGGUGAUCAACAACCACCACUAUGUCAGAUCAACUGAUCAGGACGGCAAGGACCAGUCCUUGAAGAAACGGUCAGCGGGGGGCCUUGCGGUUUCCCUCAACAACGGGACAUACCAACCCGCUGAAGCGGCAAUUCCGCACUCAGUGCUUGACCAAUUCAAGAACUCCGAGAUCAACUUCUGGCAUCCCGAGGGCUCGCCUGUCUACUACGCCAAGUUCUGCGCGGCGUGCCAGAUCGUUCCUGUUCUGGCAUCCAGCGGCGAGUACCUUGCUCCACCGAGCUGUCCGGCUUGCCAGACGCAGACGAUGCAGGUCCAUGCCGGCACGGCCACGUUUGUGCCGACCGAUGAAUCGGGGCUCUGUGGCAUCAUCCAGUUCUCGAUUCCCGUUUGCCUGAGCUGUAAGGCGCGCACGUCUGGCGCUGGAACUCCGUCUAUUAGCAAUGUUGCUAGUACGCGUUGGCCGGUUCAUUCUUCGAUCGUUCCCUCUUCGCCAAUGCCUAUUCGGUUUUCGACCCCUCCGGUCUCGUCUAGUCAUUGGGUAAGUACUACUUCUCGGCUUUUCAGAGCCACGUGCUGAUCUGUUUCUUCCUUCUAGGCUUCGUACGCUACUCCCCAUAUUUCGACACCUCAAGUGUCCCGGUCUUCUGGCAUCCAAGGCGGGUUCUCUACCGUCCAUCUCACCACGACAGAAACCAAGACACUGCCAUGCCCGAGCUGCAUUGGAGGCACGAC